AAACUCUCUCUCUCUCUCUCUCUCUCUCUCUCUCUCUCAAUUUUCCAUGCAUAUAAAAUACUAUAAGCUUGCUUAGACUAAUAAAAAGGUACAACUUUGUGCCACCAAAACUCUUCUUCUUCUUUGAUAAAGUCAACAUGCAAAGAUUUUAGCUGAAAAUGCUUCUAAUGGUUUAAUCAAAUUUGAGUAUCAAAAAUACAAUCUUUUUACUGAAUUGAAUUUGGGUUGGUUUCAAAUUGGUGAAUGGUAAUCAAAAGAUGAAGAAAGAAGAACAGGGUCGUAGUUUGUUUGGAAUUUCACUCUCUGAUAAACCCAGAUGGCAACAAUUUCUCAUUUGUUCGUCUGGAUUCUUCUUUGGAUAUCUUGUCAAUGGUAUCUGUGAGGAAUAUGUGUAUAACAGGCUUCAUUUUAGCUAUGGUUGGUACUUCACAUUUAUUCAAGGAUUUGUUUACCUGUUUCUGAUUUACCUUAAUGGUUUCACAAGCAAGCAAAUGGUGAACCCAUGGAAAACUUAUGUGAAGCUUUCUGCUGUACUCAUGGGAUCACAUGGCUUAACAAAGGGUUCUUUGGCUUUUCUUAAUUACCCUGCACAGAUUAUGUUUAAAUCCACAAAGGUUCUGCCAGUGAUGAUAAUGGGAGCCUUUAUUCCUGGCCUGAGAAGAAAGUAUCCAAUACAUGAGUAUAUAUCUGCAAUACUCCUGGUUGUUGGAUUGAUCCUAUUUACACUAGCAGAUGCACAUACAUCACCUAAUUUCAGUGUUGUUGGUGUUGUUAUGAUAACCGGUGCUUUGGUUAUGGAUUCUUUUCUUGGAAAUCUUCAAGAAGCAAUCUUUACUAUGAACCCUGAUACCACACAGAUGGAGAUGCUCUUCUGCUCUACAGUAGUGGGAUUACCUUUCUUAAUCCCACCUAUGCUUUUUACAGGAGAAUUAUUCAAAGCAUGGACUUCAUGUUCACAGCAUCCCUACGUGUAUGGUGUAUUAGUAUUUGAAGCAAUGGCUACAUUUAUAGGCCAAGUUUCAGUCCUCUCCCUAAUUGCCCUUUUUGGUGCUGCCACAACAGCCAUGAUAACAACAGCAAGAAAGGCAGUGACAUUGCUGCUAUCAUACUUGAUAUUUACAAAACCGUUAACAGAACAACAUGGGAGUGGACUGAUACUCAUAGCUAUGGGAAUCACAUUGAAGAUGUUGCCUGAAAACAAACCUGCCAUACCCAAGAGAGCUUUAAAUUCUUCUCAUAGAGACAGUAGUGCAAAAUCUACUACUGGUGAUGAAGAGUUGGGAAUGGGAACACUGCAUGGUUCUGUAGGUGAAGAUGAUGAAAGGAGGCCCUUGGUCUAGGUUGAAUGAUAAUAAUGCAAUUUUACUUUUAUUUUCUGUCAUUAUUUAAAAUUUUCAUAUUUUCUUUGUUAUUUUCAUAUCAUGUUAUUAAAGGAAAAAGAAAAGAAGUAAUUUGAUGUUCAAUAUAUAAAUUUUAUUGAAUGCCUUUUGGAUAUAAAUUCAUUUACAUAUUCCAAAA